GGAAGUGUCAUUUCUGGAUUUGAGCAAAAGUUCAUAUCUGGCGGCGGCUUCGAGCUGAUUCACGAGCUUCGGGAAGAAAUGCCGACGAGAACCCACUAAAACAGGCACGGAGGAGGGAGGAUGUCUGCGGAGGUGGACGCAUUGCUGCAGGAGGCGAAAGAAAGCAUCGAGGCGGCUCAGAACUACCGCAGUGAGCUCCAGCAGCGCCUGCAUGGCCUCAACCAGGCCCGAAAACAGGUGCGGGGGAGUUCAGGCCAGGCCCGUGAAGCCCUCCGGAGGCACUUCGCAGAGCUGCAGGCGGCAGCAACACGGCUGCUGACGGAGCGACUGUCUUCCCUGCUGGCUGAAGUGGAUUCCAUGGAAGCUGACAGCGUCAAACCGCUGGAUGACUGUCAGAGCCUCAUUGAGCAUGGGGUGGGUCAGGCCGACGAGCUGCUGAGAGAGGGAGAAGCAGCUCUACGUUGUGGUCUCGGGGAGAAGGAGGACAAAUUGGGCAGUUUCACCAAGAAGGCCAUGCACAUCCAGCUGGACAGUCUACCAGAGGUACCAGCAUUGGUGGACGUGCCAAGUGUUUCAGCCCAGCUGGACGACUCCCUGCUGGGGCUGCUAAGGGACCGGGUCUCCCGCCACGGCUCUGUGUCCUCCCACCCACCCGUCCAGAUAGAGGAGCUGCAGGAGAGGCCUGGAAGUAUUCUGGUCCGCUGGUGUAAGGUGGAUGAGGACUUUGCAGCAGCGGAUUAUCGGCUGCAGUACCGGCGAUCAGGCAGCGGGGGCAGCCAGUAUGAGGAUUCCUACAUCGGUCGGGAUUGUGAGUUUCUGGUUCUCCACAUGGACCCUCACACAGAUUAUCUGUUCAGGGUGUGCGCCCGCGGGGAGGGCCGCACCGAAUGGAGCCCCUGGAGCAUCCCACAGACGGGAUACACCACACUCGCACCGCACGAGUGGUGUCCGGGCACUGAGGGCUACAUUCUGAGCAGCCGGAGAAACAUCGCUCUAUGCAACGACUCCUCCCAAACCCACUGCCAAGUCCUCUACUCCAAAUCACCCACCUACUUCUGUGGUCAGACACUGACCUUCAAGAUCUCUGCAGCAGGUCAGCUGGACCGGAGGGACAGCCUGGGCGUGUGCGUGGACAACCAAAGGGGGGCAGAGUCUCUUCAGAAAGACCAGGCCGUCUGCAUCUCCACCAACGGUGCUGUCUUUGUAAACGGUAAAGAGAUGACCAACCAGCUGCCCGCCAUCACCACGGGCUCUGCCGUGACCUUCGACAUGGAAGUGGUGAACCUGUUUCCAAUCAGCAACAAUAACCUGAGCGAAGGGUGCAACUUUAAGCUGAGGGUGACCAUUGGCUCAGGGAACCGGGAGGUGGUGUUUGAUUGGCUGGUGGACCAGGCGGUGGACUGCCUCUUCUUCGGCUGCUCUUUUCUCCACUCGGGGUGGAAGGUCCUUGUGUUUUAAGAGCGACUCUGUCGAUCGUUAGAGUUUGGGAGCUCCACACGCCCGCUCCGUUAUCUUCAGAUUCAUCAUUCUUCUUCUGUUCUUUCACCUCUUCCAUCUGAAUCAUCUGCAGGGCGACUGCAGAGUCUGGGGAAAAAACAGGAAAAAUCGGUCACAUCUUCGCAGAAUUUCUGAAAUGUAACAACAGUUUACUUUCAGUUUCUCCACAUCACAAAUAUCCAUCAGUAACUGUCCACGCAGCCUGGAGAGAUCCUGCGAUUCUGUCGUGUAUUUUUACAGAGGAAAAAGUCCUGUGACCUUCCUUUACCACGUCAAACAAUCGUCAGCUGUGAGUGUACGAUGAAGCACAAAUAGAAGCUAAAACACAGAAUUCACCACGGCCGUUAAGAUUAAUCCUCAGACUCUUCAAACAUAUCGCAAACAUGAUUCCUCUUGAGUACGGUCAAGUACGACUGUCGCAUUUUUAACUAUCUGCAACUUCAGGACUCCAGAGCAAAACAUGGAGGUGCAAGGAGUCAUACUUGUAAAAAAAAACAACAACAAAAAAACAGGUGAGACUGGCUCGUGCUGCACCAGAGGGAAUAAUUUCGCAGCCGCAGAACCGAUGAUCAGGACAGACGAGUUUUAAAUGUUGCGUUGCAUUUAUCAGACGUUUAUUUCUUCAAAAACAGAAGCCUGUUUCCUUUCCUCAGGAGAAUUCUGUUUGUUUACAUGAGCUUAAGUAACUUGGUUGCUGUUGGUUUUUUGGUUGAGUACUUUUUGGGUAAUCCUGCUAACAAACAAACAGACGAAAACCUCUCUUUGGUGGAGGUACUACAUAAUUGUCUCACUGGUACCAGGAGCAACAAGCCUCUACCAAUGUAGCCAUUGUUUGUUUUUGUUGUUUUACACCAACUGAACUUCUCCCCUUCAUGAAUGAGUUUUUCUGUGACCUGCUUUCUCCGAGUGACUCGGUUGCAUGUAAACGUACAGUGACGAUGACUGGAAGAGUCGCAGCUUUUUCCAGGACAGACAUGUGAUUGAUACCUUUUUUUUCCCUCCAGACUCUUUGCAAACCUCAUCAGUGUCGAGCGUCUCCGUGUAGAAACGAUCAAGUUCCUGUUCAGCCUUCAGGGAGCUGUAUUGUUGUUUUUUUUUUAGGUUGGCCGUUGUUUAAAGCUGUUCUGUUUGUCCAUGCAUCUAUGUGUUGUUUGUUUAGCCACAGUAACAGUUUACCGCAGCCUGUUUGGACACACACACUCUGUUCCCAGGUCACAUGAUGAUAAAUGUUUGUUUUUUGGAGCAGAAUUGUUACGAUCUGUUGCUGCCUCUUAACGGUUUAAACUGAUAAACCUGCUGGUGUUUGUUUUUUUUAUCAUCAUUAUUCGUUUAUUUUAACAAAAAAAAACUCACUGUGAAAGUCA